AUGCGGUGGACUAUUCACUUAGAAGGAGGUCCACGAAGAGUCAAUCACGCCGCUGUCGUUCUUUCGGGAAAUGUCAGUACAGAGCUCAUUAAAAAAUUGAUUGUGUUCACCUCUAAAAAAUAAUUGGCUGUUGAUCAUCAGAAAUAUGUUCGGAAUAGGAUAUAUGAAAGAUGUUUUCAAAAUGUUUAACUUUAAGGUUUACUCGUUCGGCGGGUACUGCAGUGGAGAUGUUCAAAAUGGCAUGGAGAACAUCGACGUGCACAUGCUCGAUACAGGUUCUUUUUUUCUCGCUUCACUUUAAGUUUUCUCUUUGUUUGGCGAGAGACGCUGUAACAGGCGAAUCGCGAGAAUUGAUGGGUUCUGAGAUAACCUUCGAUUUGAAUCUCGCGGCCUGAAGCCUUUUGUUUUUGUUUUUCGUCUCACAAUUCGUUCCAAAGUUCUUUUUUUUCAGAAACUUACCGAUGGAGCAAGGUUCAGCAUACAAACGAACCCGAGUCGGAAGUUCGCAGUUUCUCGGUAAACUUUUGAUUAUUCUUUGUGUCAGUUAGUAGUAUUACAAUAUUUUCCAACGUUCUUUUCUAAAAUCAUCUUUUUCAAUACAAUGGAACAAUAGAAAGCUUCUUCUACGUGCUGUAUUUUGAAGGCUUUCAUCCCUCAAAUGUUUUCAAGAUUGAUGGCCAGCCCUUGGAACAGCUGCCUUAUCAAAGGUACGGACACACAGUCUGUGCGUACCGAAAUGAGGCCUAUCUCUGGGGAGGACGGAACGACGAGUUUGGCGCCAGCAAUGUAAUUCAUAAGUUCGAUCCAGGUGCGUAAUCUUAACGAUAGAUAGUUUAUAAAACAAAAUUCUUGGAAAGUAGUGCAAAUCAAAAAGGAAGUGAGUUUAGUGGCGCGCAGAUGGAGCCUCGUGAAGACGAUUGGAUCGAUUCCGCCGGCUCGCGAUGGCCACACAGCCAUCGUCGUCGACGACAAAAUGAUCGUUUUCGGCGGCUUCGAGGAGGAUAUGCAGCGCUUCAGUCAGGAGACCUACGUUUACAACUUCCUCACCUGCCGUUGGACGGAGUUUGUCACUAAGGUCAGUGUUUUAGUAUCAGUGAAAAGAUCCUUCUUGAGAUCGGCUCAUAAUUGACGUUGAAAGGUCAUGGCUCCAAUGAGAAACUUUUUUGGCAUUUGCAUUUUGUGCACGGUUUCAAGGAAAAUUAAUCUCACUAGGGAACUUUUUUUACCCCCCGGUUGAACUUUUGCUGAAACUUUGCUGAAGUGUACUUUAGGACCUUCUGAUUCCAGAACAAGAAGAAAACUUCUCGCAAUAGAUCUCGUUUUCGAGUUAGGACACUUCAAAAACCCGAAAUAGCGCUUUUUUGGCCUAAUUUGCGUAUUUUGCACACUUUGAAGCUCCAUAACUCGGGAACAAGAUCUAUUGCGAGAAAUUUUCUUUCUGUUCUGCAAUCAGGAGGUCCUGAAGUACACUUAAGCAAAGUGUCAGCAAAAGUUCAACCGGGGGGUAAAAAACGUUCCCUGGUCAGAACAUAAUAUUUUUUAAAGUUUUAUCAUCGUAAUUACAAAAGUUAUUGUUUUUGCUAACAAAACGUUUGAUUUAUAUAAUUCCCUUUGAAAUAAAUAUAAAAGACACUAUUUUUUUAAUCUCCUGCUGAAAUUUUUUUAAAUUUGAGAUUGUUUCAAAAAGUCUCAAGAGGUAAUUUUUUUAUAUACUUCAAGAAAUUGAUGCGUUCGAAAUGAUACGUGUUUCUAAAAUCUAAAUAUUUUUUUAACCGUCCUUAUUUUUUUAUUUUUUUGAUUGUUUCAGGGUGACCCACCGACGUGGCGCGACUUCCACACUGCCGUCGAAAUCGACGACGUGAUGUACGUGUUUGGAGGCAGGAGCGACCACAACGGACAGGUCGGUGAGCAUGGUCCAGUGUUUCAUCUCCCCCAUUUCCUGCGAGAACUUUUCUGAAAGCCAGAAUCGAUCGCUCUCGUGUCGUUUUCAUUAAAAAUAUGUUUAUUGUCUAUCAGCUUUCCAAAAUCAAAUCGAAUGAGGCCGAAAAGGGAAAAAAUGCAGUAAAGAGAAUAAAAAUCAAUUUUUUUUUUCAUCCAUAUUUUUUUUAAAUCCGAGAGCAAAAAGCUGAAUCAAUCAUUCAACUUUAGCUGUCUAAUUCGGAGUAUCAAGAAAAAAACUGCGAAUUAAUAGCUCGACCGAAGCUUAACCUACCUUUAUCGUGUUUACUCCGAGCUGCUUUGUACCUGCUGUUAUUUCUGAUAUAGGCUUUUAAAUUUUGGCUUUCAGUCAUUUACCUCAUUAACUGUAUACCUUUUUCAGUUCCAUUCCACUCGGGAUAAGUACGACACGCAAUUGAUGGCUCUGAAUCUCGUGACCGGCGAAUGGACGCGGCCGACUGUCUCCGGCACAGCGCCGUGUGGCCGACGAAGCCAUUCUGCGUGUGAGUCAUCCCAAACGAAGAAAUUCUCGAUAUCGAGUGUAUUGUGCUAUAUUUCAUUCAAAAAAAAAAAAAUCUAGUCUCUGGAAAUUUGCUCGAAGGCUUUUGAAAGCAAACGGCGCCGCAUUAGCUGAGGAACAAAAUAUUAUUAUUUAGUUUUAGCAGCUUAGUUUUUUUCCUUUCUCUACUCUUUCGCCUGUCGCAAAAUGUUUUUCCACACUUUCUUCGAGAAUCCAGCCUCAUGAUCAAAUUUGAAGACAGUGUUUUUUAAAGAAAUCGUUCAACUAUAGCGUUAAAAAAAUAAUUUUUCAUUUUUUUGUCGCAAAUGAGAAAAAAAUAAAUUUUUUCCAGAAAGUAAUUUUUAAAUUUUAUUUAAAAUCAAAGAAAGAUUUUCUUUGAAUUCAUAGGAAUUUGAACCGGAAAAAAGGUAUGUGUUCUAGGGAGCUACGAAGGAAAAAUGUAUCUGUUCGGUGGGUAUCUUGGCACAAAAAACGUUCAUUUUGGCGAUUUGUUCUGCUACGACCCGAAGACGUCCGUUUGGACGUAUUUGAGAGUCAGUACAUUUUGAAGGUUCAUGUUCAGAAGUGAUUUUUCAGCCUUUCGGAGAAUGUCCUGCUCCUAGGAGACGUCAGUGCACAGUUCUCGUUGGAAAUCGCGUCUUUUUGUUCGGUGGAACCAUGUUCGUUGAUUUUUUCAAAGGAAGAAAGUAUUUUAGAUCAUGAUAGGAUUUGUAUGUACACUAAGAAUAAUUGCCGAGAUAAACGCGAGGUCGGUGGCGGUACAUUGACGAACUCGCAAACAUGUCGCUUUUUUUUUAGGCGACCUUGCAUUUCGGAAAAUUUCGAAUUUCGAGAGAAAUGCUGCGUUCAAAAAAUUUGAGCACAACUUUAAAAUGCCAUGAAGUUUUGUAAGAGGGUCAUUAUUAUCUUCUUUUUUUUUCUACUUUCUACGUUUCGGUUGAUGAAUAACUAAUAGAAAUUGCGUAUCCUCACUUCAUCAGUAAUUCCUUUAAAUUCAUUCGACUUUAAUGAAACGUUUAUUGUUCGCUCACAGACAGGUCUGUGGCGUGGAACAAGAGAACUAGGAAAGGUAUAUUUUUUUUUCUUGUUCUGCAAUCAGGAGGGCCUGAGGUACGCUUCAGCAAAACUUCAACCGGAAGGGGGAAACAGUCCUAAUUAGGUUGAAUCGAAAAGAAAAAAAUAAUCUAUAAACCAGUUAAAUCAUUUUGGAAUAAUUCUGUAUAGCUAGACUUGCUUUUCAUACGAUUAGUUUUUUUUUUUGAUUCAGCAAAAUGAUAUAACUUUUCAGGCCGAAUCCGAAGGCUUGCACGCCGAUUCUCUCGAGUAUUGAACCCCAGACGUUGAACACAGCUGCAGGCCUUGCUGAUCUGGCCGACCUCUACGUUUUGGACUAUAGUCAGAAUUUUCUUUCUUUUUUCAUUCAAAGAUAACGAAACUUGGUUCAUUUUUUCCGAACUCCGUUUUUCUUUGUUCCAUUUGUCUGUAUUUUCUCUUACAAGUUGUUUUUCAGGUCCGUCUCUGCGACAGUUGGCUAUGAGCAAAGUUCUUCAAUUGAUCGACCACGAUCCUUUGAUCCUGAGAUAUCGAUUCAAUUCUUUGCUCCCAUAUGAAUUGAGGUUAUUUUCAUAUUUUAUCUCCUCUUCUCCAAAUUUCUGGACACCCUAUUCUUCAUUGUUUCUCGAAUUUUCUUUUUCUUACUAUUUGGUUUCAAAAAGCUCUUGUUUUUCAGGGAGGACAUGUUCUUGAUGAUCCAUCCGAAUACAGUCACCACCAGCGCUCAGCUGCGAAACGAAACUUCUGGCUAG